GAGGAUGUAUGAAAUCGCAUGCAAGAACCACGUUUACUUUUAGCAUGGAUUGUCUUAACAUUUCCCUAACCUUUCGUGCAAUGUUAUUAAACGCCCUAUCCAAAAAUAUUAAAGGAUCCUUGUAUAUCGUAUUUACAAUAAUACCGGUAAGUAUUCGACUCUGAAAGCAGGAAUUUAAAGUUUGCCAAAUUAGGGCACGAGAUUUGGAACCGUUGUUACUAGAAGGACUGUUAGUAGGGGUAUCACUUAUUCCACAACCCCCUUUUUUUCCCGAAACCUUUUUCAAUUGUUGAAGUAACCUAACCAGAUAAAAUUUCAAAAUUCCUAGAUUACUUUCUAAAGUACUGGGGUUUUCUAGGCGAUUGUCUAAAUGAAUUCUAUUAUUGAUUGCAUUUUGUAUCAAUGAAAUAUUUGUCCUUAAUAUCGAAAUAUGUCUCAACAUUUCCGGUUUAUGUUUUAAUAAUGAAACAGCUUUUCGGGUCAGCUUAACUAUUUCACUACUAAGAAUUGCAACGGAUGAAGAUUCCAUUGUCACUACUUACAGGAAUUGUCUAUCUAAAGAACUAUUUCUUUCUCGGAAAAAAGAUAUGUGAGUACUGAUAUCCUUGUCACAGACACCUCGCGUACGUACAAUCGACACUGUUGAUGGUGUAUUGCACUCGCACGACGUCCUAUACUAGCCGCGGGGGGAUUUGAAGAUGCAAGUAAUGUUAGUAUCGUCACCUUAUAUAUAGACCAGGUGUUCAGGGUCAAAUAUGCACAAUCAGCUGCACUAGUGUGGGAAGUAUCAGAAUCAUACGAUCUAUCGUUCUCACUCAUUAACACAAUCUUUCUUUAGUUUUUCGCAGACGUUACAACAAUUUUACAAUAUAUACUGAAAAUUUUCCCCACACUUUAUUAUUAGUUAGCAUCGAGCUCUGCAGUGUAGUAAACGUAAUGCCUUUACCUUCACGAAAAAUUCCAAAAAAGUCGGACCGCGCGCCGAAAAUAAAAAAGGUCGAGAUACUGCAAUCCUUAUUAAUAAAACCACCGACAGCGACGACCAAAACUUUAACAAAACGACCACCACCAUUGGAGACGAAAAACGCGCCGCCAACACCUAAAAUGGAUUCAGCGUCUCUGCCAGUAGUAAAUAAUGGAGGUCCAUUAUUGGACGAGGAAGUGAUAACAAUCUAUUCGGAUAAUUCUACAAUCGCAACCGGCAACUUGGGUGAUAGUUUGGAGCUAGAUCUUCUGUUGGCCCAGUUGGAAGGGGACCCCGCUGCUAGUUUUAUGUUCGAACCAGCUCGAAUAAUUCCAACACCGAUACUAUCCCAACCAAUGCGGUCGCCUACACCACCACAGCCACCGCUACCACCUGCACCGGUGUUCCCACCUCCUCAGGCAGAACGACCUGUCAUGCAAGCGGGCCAAAAACGACCGUAA